GUUCCAUCAGCAACAUCGACGACGGAGAAUACAAAUGCCGCGACGGGUCAUCUCCGGAGGUGAGGAACAAGGUCAUUUCCGGGGUCGUGGGAGCUGCCUCGUCGGUGACCUCAAUCCAGGUCGCGAACCUCCUCAGACUCUUCAAGAUCCCGCAGGUCAGCUUCUUCUCAACCUCCCCCGAACUGAGCAACAAGCAGAGGUUCGAGUAUUUCUCCCGCACGAUUCCCUCGGACCACUAUCAGGUGAAGGCCAUGGUGGAGAUCGUCAAGAAGCUGAGGUGGUCGUACAUUUCGAUCAUUUAUGAGGAGUCGAAUUAUGGGAUUAAGGCCUUCGAGGAGUUGGAGGGCCUGUUAGCAUCCAACAGCAUCUGCAUCGCCGUCAAGGAGAAGCUGGUCAAAGACUCCGGCGUGGCAGAGGAGGUUGCAUAUGACCUCAUCGUGCAGAGGCUGUUGCAGAAGCAGCGGGCCAGAGGCGUGAUCAUCUUUGGCUCGGACCAGGAAGUCGCGGGCGUGAUGCGGGCGGUCAGGAGGAACAACGCCACGGGGAGCUUCUCGUGGAUCGGGUCCGACGGAUGGUCGGCGCGCUCGCUGGUGUCCUCAGGUAAUGAGCCCGAGGUGGAAGGCACGCUCUCGGUCCAGCCCCAAGCCAACCCCGUGAGAGGAUACGACGAGUAUUUCCUCAGUCUGACGGUCGAGAAGAACAAGAGGAAUCCUUGGUUUGUUGAGUACUGGGAGAAUCACUUCAAGUGCAAGUACCCGAACAGCUCGAAGACGCCGUACAACCAGGAGUACACGACGCUCUGCACGGGGAGGGAGAAGCUGACCAGCAAGAACACGGAAUUCGAGGCCCAGUUGCAGUUUGUCUCCGAUGCCGUUAUGGCCUUCGGGUACGCCUUCAGGCGAGGAUGUGCAUGUUGGAAUAUGUCUUUGCUCAUGAUUCGUGUGCCCAUGCAGGUGCACUUCAAGCUGGACGACCCGAAGCCGCCCUCGAGCGUGUGUUCGCUGCCGUGCCUGAAGGGGCAGGCCAUGAAGUACGUGGAGGGCGAGUCCUGCUGCUGGCACUGCUUCAACUGCUCCACGUACCAGAUCGUGAACCCAACAGACGAGACCCAGUGCGUUACGUGUGACUGGGGGACGUUACCUUCGCCAGAGCACUUGAGGUGUAACCCUAUUCCCGAGGUGUACAUCCAGCCCGACUCGUGGUGGGCGAUCGGCGCCAUGCUGUUCUCAUCGGUGGGCCUCGUGAUGACGGGCGUGGUGAUGUGGGUGUUCGUGAGCCACAACGACACGCCCGUGGUGAGGGCGUCGGGGCGGGAGCUGUCCUAUGUCCUCCUGUCGGGCGUCUUCCUCUGCUACGCCAUGACCUUCGUGUUCGUGCUGAAGCCAUCAGCUGUCGUGUGCGGCAUUCAGAGGUUCGGCCUUGGCUUCUGCUUCGCCGUGGUGUACAGCGCCCUCCUGACCAAGACGAAUCGCAUCGCCAGGAUCUUCAACGCAGGGAAACGAACAGCCAAGCGACCUUCAUUCAUCACGCCGAAGUCGCAGUUGUGCAUUUGUUUCUUCAUCGUUUCCAUACAGGUUGUGAUCACGGGCCUGUGGUGGGUGGUGAGUCCCCCCCGGGCUAUCCACCAUUACAUAGUGCGGGAGGACAACUUUCUGGUCUGCGCUGCGUCUAUUAAUGCGUCUUAUAUGAUUGCCUUCGCGUAUCCUAUUGGCCUGAUCUUCGUGUGCACCGUGUAUGCCGUUCUUUAAACCCCGAAAGACCCCCAAAACCUUUAAACAAAAAGAAAAGCCAUGGCUUCACCUGUACAAACCCUCUUUAAAUCUGGCUCCCCCUUCGCCCCCCUAUUUUUCUCGACUGCAAGAAACAAACAGCUGCGGAUCACGACCACCUCCGUGACCAUCUCCCUCUCGGCGACGGUGGCCCUCGUGUGCCUGUUCACGCCCAAGCUCUACAUCAUCCUCCUGCACCCGGAGAGGAACGUCCGACAGAGCAUGAUGCCGACCGCCAAGUACUCCGCUAUCAAGACCACGCUCUCCUCCUCCUCGCAGAGGGUCGACUCGGGCACGCAGAGCGAAGUGAUCUUCCCCGUGGACUACGAGCUGCACGAGAAGCUGCGCACCAUGGGCUGUGGCGCCAAGUCCAACAGUGCCACCCAGACUUGCCCUUCCGCCUCCUGCACUCUGCCCGACCAUCGCUGCGGCGCCACGGUCACCCUCACGGCAUCCUUGCAUCCCAGUGCCACCAACGGACCGAUGCAGGAUGUGCCCGACGUGCAGCUGUAGGAUGCACAGAGGAGAGAGGGAUUGGCGAAGGAUUGGACGUCGGGAUAAGGAAGCAGGAGGAAGUGACGUCGAUUGGAAGGAUGGAAGCGAAGGCCUAAGCUUUCUAAUCUAAAGGAAGGAUGGCGUUUGGAAUUAAGGAUUUUGUUUGUGGUGAAGGAUACGUAGGGUGAAAAAUAUGGGACAAUGGGAGAGAGAGAUAAAUGCGACAGAGUGGGAGAGGAAGAGAAAAUGAGACGUUCAGGAAAAUUUCGAAAGAAAGACAAAUGAAUAAAGAUUUUCGUAUUAGGAGGCAGGACCUCUGGAGAGAGAAAAAGAACGAAAACAAAAUAAUUUACAAACUAUUUUUCUUUGGCCAAAGGACAGGAACCUCUUUAUACAUCAAAGACACAGACGAAAAUUGUGAAUUGAUUUGACAUCAUUUGCAAUAUUACCAAGACAAACUGAAGCUUGCAAAAAAAAGAAAAGAAAAAUAUUUUGACUAAAUAAUGCUUUUGAUUUGGGAAGUGACUGUGAAAUAAAAAAAAAGAGAUUUUAUAAUGCAAAUAGACUUCUAACGAUGUGUACAAUACAUAUGAAACAAAAUCACAUUUGACAAUAAAACACCUGACAUCGCACAGUGCUGGAAAGAUGAAAAGAAAACAAACUUCAGUAAAACUUCACAAUUCAGAAAACAUAAGCUUUAUAUAGAUAGUUUUCAGACAAUUUAUUCUUUGUAUGUUCUAUAUCUAGAACCCUUAAACGAACAGCAGAGCUACAGAUGUUAGAAUAAAACAGAUAUUAGUCCACCUCUGUUCCCAAAUUUUGUAAUCUAAAGGAACAGAAAUUAAAAAUGCAUUUCUUAUAAAAACAAUUACAUACUUGCUUACGUCAUUACGUUGACUAUAAAUUCGGUUGAAUAGAAAUACUCAUUAAAUAUAAAGAGACUUAUUGCAGUUAUUAUAAUUAAUGCAAUUGAUAUUAUUCUUGUGAACGUUCUUGUUAAUU